AGGAGUGGGGAAAAAUGGGAGGUUAGGAGUUAAAUAUGAUCGUCCUGGGGGACAAGACUCCAGAGGUUUGAUGAUUAAGAGUCAAGACUGGCUUAGACCUGGGGGGCAAAACCAAAAGCGGUCGAGGAGAGGCUACUCUCCAGCCAGGUAGGGCAAACUCCUCCAGAGAUGGAGUGGAAACUUGAGCGCACCGCCCGGAGGAGGGUCCGGACCGAAGAAGAGAUCCUAUGGGAGGAGGUCAUGCGGGUGCUCGCCAAAGACAUGAAACAGAAGAGAGCUCAAGAUUCUCCCAAGGUAUUUGAUGCAGUUAAUCCAACAUACUCUAACUUCAAGAGCAACUUUGCAAAGAGGCUAUCCGCUGAAGUUCCUGUUGCCAGUAGCCCAAUUACCACAAGAUGGCGGCAAAGCCAAACCAGGGAUGUGGCAGCCCAUUCCUUUGGGGGAGAGCAUUCAACAGCUGACCUCCCAGAAACUGUGCUGAAGAUAACUCCUGAGAAAGAGACCUUGAUUCCAGGAUCCUACAAAGAGCCACUGAAGACCCCCAACAAAGGAAGUUUUGAAACAAAUAGCUCUGCUCUCCAUUUUUGCAAGGCACCCCAUGCACUGGACGGAGGCAAGAGGAAAACUGUUGCCUCAAAAGGCCAGAAAUGCUUAAACCAGCUAUUAUCGACCCAGAAAGUGUCUCAGCAGAUUAAUGGGAAAAUGCAGCUCUGCGAGCAAUCCCAAUGCAUUUGGAAAGGCUGCAGUGAUGGAGUCAGAGAUGAAUACAUUCAAAGGUUCAGUGAUAUAAACUAUUCCAUACUCCAACCAGAGGUGAAGAUUCAUCUUACUGCUCUUCGAAAUGACUAUUAUCUGAAUAUCCUAGACUGGAACUUGCAUAAUCUUGUUGCUAUAGCCCUUGGAUCUUCUGUAUACAUCUGGAAUGGGGAUAAUCACAAUAGGAUUGAAAAUAUAGACUUAAGUGUCACUUGUAACUAUAUAUCUUCUGUGUCCUGGACAAAAGAGGGAACUUGCCUGGCAGUUGGCACCAGCGAGGGAGAAGUGCAAUUAUGGGAUGUGGUCACUAAAAAGCGACAGAGAAAUAUGCUUGGUCAUUUGUCAGUAGUUGGGGCUCUAAGCUGGAAUAACUACAUCCUUAGCAGUGGGUCGAGACUGGGCCGUGUUUAUCAUCACGAUGUUCGGGUAGCCCAGCACCAUGUUGGAAUUCUUCACCACAAGCAAGCUGUGUGUGCCCUGAAGUGGUCGCCGGGUGGCAGGCUGCUUUCCAGUGGCUGUAGUGACGGACUGCUGACUAUAUGGCCCCAUGAUCCAGGUGUGAAUGCACAGGGUCACCCGCUAAACGUCAUACCCCAACCUACAGCAGUCAAGGCCAUGGAUUGGUGUCCCUGGCAGUCUGAAAUCCUCGCUGUUGGAGGAGGAAUGAAGGAUGGACACUUACACAUCCUGGACAUCAAUACUGAGCAGAGCAUCCAGACCCCAAGCACAAACUCACAGAUUUGUUCCCUAGUCUGGCUACCUAAGACAAAGGAGAUCGCAACUGGUCAAGGGUCUCCUAAGAAUGAUGUGACUGUGUGGUCCUGUCCUGCUCUGGCCAGGUCACGUGGGUUUUUUGGCCACCGAGGCAGAGUGCUGCACCUGGCUUUGAGUCCAGACCAGACCCGGGUUUUUUCUGCCGCAGCUGAUGGCACGGCCUGUGUGUGGAGUUGCUGCUAGUCACUCAGCCCCUCUCAGCUUCAGCUUCCUGAUUUCUAUGUGAGAAUAAUGAUGUUGGCCUUGCCUUCUCCAUGGUGUUGUCCUGAGGCUCAAACAAGAUGACGUGCUUUUCCUGAGGUGAAUGCCUGU